AUGCACCCACGUCGCAGUCUCCCGAAGCCACCCCAAACUCAGGCCCGCACCAGCACGACGUUCUGUCCACCACCGUUGGAUGGCUCGUUAACGUUGCCCGAGAUCUUUGACUGGCAUUUGGAUCACACUCCCGACCAUCGCUUGUUUCUCUUUGCAAAAGAUGACGGGAGCAUCAGAACUAUUUACUGGCCUGAAGGAGUAAGAGCCAUCUAUGCAGGUGCCAAGGUCAUCAAGGAUCAUGUAGGAGCAAACGUCCAAAACGAUGACGUCCCAAUCGUAGCCAUACUAGCUCCCUCAGAUGCGAUCCCAUAUUUCACGAUGACGAUGAGCAUCAUGCGCGCAAACUGCAUCGCGUUCCCCAUCUCUCCACGGAACUCGCCUCUCGCCGUGGCGCACCUGGUCAGCAAAACCGGCGUGCGCCACAUCCUUGUGGGACGCGAGCAGGCCACGACGGACCUCGCUAACGAGGCGAUUCAAAUCCUCAAAUUGCAACAUCCGUCCGUGGCGUUGCCAGAAUUGUCCCCGAUGCCCUUGUUAGAGGAGCUGUUCUUGCCACCCGAGGAACAGCUAAGCGGUGACCUCGUAAAGUACAGAUACAGAGGCCCGGAUGCCACCGCGAUCAUCUUGCACUCUUCCGGGUCGACUGCGUUCCCUAAGCCCGUCUACUGGACAAACCACCGCUUUCUCCAGCUAUGCCUCAUCCCGUACUUCGGCGAACGCGACCUCACAGACCAGGUUUUCUCCUUGCACGUGAUGCCGAUGUAUCACGGCAUGGGUAUAUUGCAGUUGUGCUGGACUGCCUCGUCCGGUUUGGUCAUCAGCUCGUUUGAGCCAAAGUCGCCUGCUCCGGUACCCACUCCCGAUGCUCUCUUCACGGCAGCAAAGGCGACUAAUAGCGACAUCAUAUUCUGCGUGCCGUCGUUCAUCGAGGCUUGGUCUCGCAAUCCUGAAUAUGUAAAAUGGCUCUCCACUCGCCAAGGGGUGCUGUUCGGCGGUGGACCCCUAAACAAAGAGGCAGGCGACUACUUGACGUCCCAGGGAGUGUCCAUCUUCAUUCUAUACGGCUCGACGGAAGGUGGUAUCAUGAGUUGCAUUUGUCCUCCAGAAAAGGUUGGAUAUGACUGGGACUACUUCCGCUUGCCCGAUCUCGUCACACCGGAGAUGCAGCCCUACGGGGACAACACGUUCGAGUUCGUCAUGGUGUCCAACGACUUUUGCAGGCCGAGCGUUCUGAAUACGAAAGUGAACGGCGUGGAUGGGUACGCUACUUCGGACCUCCUGGCACCUCACGCGACGAAGCCGGGAUACUGGAGGAUCUUUGGCCGUACCGACGACCAGAUCAUGCAUAACACGGGCGAGAAGACGAAUCCGGGGCCUCUGGAGAACAUGCUUAACCAAGAUCCGCACGUUCUUGCUUCCGUCAUGUUCGGUCGCGGUCGCUUCCAAGCAGGCGUCCUUGUAGACCCGAAGCCGGAGUACAAGUUUGAUCCCUCAGAUCAGAGCAAGCUGGCCGAGUUCAGGAAUAUGAUAUGGCCUACCAUUGAACGCAUGAAUGCAUAUGCCCCUCAACAUUCUCGUCUGUUCAAAGAGAUGAUUUUGGUAUCAAAGCCAUCGAAGCCGUUCACGUAUACAGCGAAGAACACAGCACGACGUCAAGCCGUGAUCGAUGAUUACGAGGAGGAGAUCAAUGCGGCAUACGACUUAGUGGAGGAAAGCACGCAAUCUAGCAUCCCGCCUCCGCGUCGUUGGGACAUUGUGACUACUACGAAAUUCGUGAGGGCCGUGGUCAGCAAAAUAUCGGUUCAUCAUGUACAAGAUAGUGAUGAUCUCUUCGAGCAUGGAUGCGAUAGUCUGCAGGCUACCUGGAUCCGAAACUCUUUGCUGCGCGCGUUGCGAGAGUCAGCGCAACUUGACACGCGCACGAUCACUGGGAACUUCGUAUACGACCACCCUACCAUAAAUCGUCUCGCUGCGUUCAUCUUAUCCCUCGCAUCGGGGAGCAGUCACAAUGUUGGCUUCAAGGACACACGAGCUACGGCAAUGCGCGCCAUGGCUGCAGAGUACAGCGGGCAGUUCCCAGCUCGUCCCAUCGAUGCCAAAGUACCUCGCCCAGAAGGACAAGUCGUGUUGGUGACUGGCACCACGGGCAGUUUGGGCUGUCACCUGCUGUCUCGUCUUGUCUCGGACUCUGAAGUCUCGCGCAUCUACGCACUGAACAGAGCUGCCAGGGAUAAAACAUCGCUGCUGGAUAGGCACCGAAAUGCUUUACGCGCUCAAAGUCUCUCUGCCAAUCUGCUAGAAUACGAGAAGUCUUUUCUACUUGAAGGCGACCUUACCGAGGAUAAUUUCGGUCUCCCUUUCGAGGUUUAUGAAGAGAUGCAUCGAUCUGUGACGCAUAUCAUUCACAACGCUUGGCGCGUAGACUUCAAUUUAGCCCUGACAUCGUUCCAGUCGAACGUGAAGGGUGUUAGGGCCCUAAUAAAUUUCGCUCUCACGUCUCCUUUGGCUGAAACCCCUCGCAUCAUCUACACUAGUUCCAUCGGUGUCUUUCAAAACUUUAAUGAGGAUGCACUGCAACUCGAAGAACCUAUUGAAGCGGAAGCCGCCGUUGGAUCCGGCUACUCCGAAUCAAAGUGGGUAUCAGAACACAUACUAUAUGAGGCCGCGAGGAAGACGCCUCUAAGCUGCCUCAUCGUCCGCGUGGGUCAGCUGUGCGGAAGCAUUGACGGCGCAUGGAACAUCCACGAGUGGUUCCCAUCGCUAGUGGAGAGCACUACGAAGUUGAAAUGCUUCCCGGAAGACCAUAGGGUCGUCGACUGGGUUCCCCUCGAUGUGGCCGCACAGGCCAUGGUGGAGUUUACCAAAGCCUCCCACGAUUAUAUAGUAGUUCAUCUCGUGCAUCCGCACCCGGUAUCAUGGUCUUCAAUUGCUAACAGCCUUUCUCGCGAACUCUCAGUGUCGUUGGUGGAGUACACGGAGUGGCUGGCACGGCUGGAGAGCCUGCUGGAUUCGUCCCACAGCGAAUCGCUGGAGGAGGUUGAGGCGCUCCGCGAUAUGCGAGCUCUCCGUCUGCUUCCAUUCUUCAGAGGCCUGGCCAGAACGCGUGGUGGGAACGCUCUGGGCUUCCCGGAGCUGGCGGUGGAAAAAGCGAAGAACCUGUCGCCGACGCUCGCGAACGGCGCCCCAUUGACCGCUGACGAUGCUGUGAAAUGGCUCACCUACUGGCGUGGCAUCGGCCUCCUACCUACGUUGCGAACGGGCCUAUGAUUUCGUUCACUCCUAGUAAUUUAGGCAUACAUAUACAGUGAGCCACAAAACUGUUGCAAUGUUUGCAACAGUUGCAUUGUUUGGCUUAUAUCUCAGAAACCAAAAUAGUUAAAUAUGCAAACAUAUAUAUCGUUAG